GGUGACAAAAGGGGAAGGGGGUCCAGGUGGGCGACUUGUGGUAGCGACAAUCAAAAAAAAUCAUUCUGUCAAAUUAGUCGUCAAUUUUUGUGUUCGCGUUUCAUGUUUUACAAAAUUCGCUGUGAUGAACUCAUUAAUCAGAAAUGUUAAGGCGAUCAACAUUCCCUCAAUCAAAUACUUAUCACGAAAUAUCACCCCAUCACUCUCGGCACUAGAAAACUCAAGAACAAGCACCUGCAACACCCUAGAACCUAACGAACACCCAAAAGUCUCCCAAAGAUCCCGAUCUCUACCACCAAAGCUAAACCCCUAUAUCCCAACCUUCGACAACUUCUUCUGUACCAACUACAACAAAAUCCUGAAUGAACCCAAGAAGAGGAGUAAUACUAAAAAAAUUUGCUACAGAGUGAAGAAAAAUGUAAGUCAAAGGAGCGUCAGUAGACUAAAAGGAAAAAACAAACAGGGGGAGAGAAAAAGGAAAAAUGACCAUAGGGAUCGUUUGUGUAAUGCCCCAUGUAUAAAACCAGUAAAUGAUAAUGUGAAGAAAAAGCUUUUAGACAAAAGUUUAAAAUGUGUAGCAGGAAGCAGUCUAGUAACAAGAAACCUUCACACCUUAAGAACUCUAAGUCCAUCCCAAUUCAUGCCUAUGUCAACCUUUAAAGAAUUAUCUAAGAAAUCCCCCAUAAAAGCCCUUAUAAACUUAAACGAGGAAGCCAAGGCAAAAACCAAUGGAAACAAGAUCCAGACCAAACCAGGAGGCAAACACAAAGUGAAAUUUCACUAUUUAGCCGAAAACGUGGAGUGUAAACAAUGCGUAUCCAAAAACAAGAAGAGACUGGCAGAGUUCUUUGAAAAUAAUGACUCUAUAAUGAAUAGGAAUAAAUUUGGGCACCCUUAUAGGCACUUUAGUACAUAUACAAAACUGCCCCCGAGAACAGCUGCUAAUGAAACUUCUUCAUACGGGAAACUAGAUUCUAGGGCACAACAAGAAGUGGUUAUGGUCAAAGAUCAGAAUUUAGCCUCUGAAGAAACUGCAGGAGAACAAACCGUUACCCUUUUUAAUUUGAUCAAACUCCAAAGCAGUAAGUCGACGAACAGUUUUGUACCUACGAACAAUUUCAAGUUUGAAGCCAAGAAAAUUCCUGAUCAAUACUCUUUGCAACCGGAGAAGGAUGAUCUUAAGGUUGAAGAUCCUUAUCCCCUAGAGAUGUUUUAUGAGGAUUAUCUGCCAGGUGCAGAUCCAGAACCAUUAACAGUCAAAUCCUGUCCGAAUUUAGUGAAAGCCCAAACAAAUCUUUCAACUAUCAGUAAGGUUCUAAGCCCGUGUGGAAGCUGCGGACGGAAGCAACCACCCAGAACCAAAGACCCAGCCAAAGAGAAGGAACGAAAAGAAAAAGCCAGAAGAGAAAAAGAAAAGAAAGACGAGGAAAGGAGAAAGAAAUACGCGCCACGCAAAGCCCUCCUGAUAAACCCUAACCAAAAGGUCAUCUUGCCUCAAGAUGGUGGAGUCCCCUACGUUAUGCAAUUUAUUCCGAACAACCUUGACAGCUCCUCAAUUUUAUGCGCAGAAAGAAAUCCCUUAUCUCAAAUAGAACCUGAAGGUACCAUAGAAGAACUAGCAGAACCCGAGCGAGCAGAGGAGCUACAAGGUAUUAAAGCUGGCCUUCCAGCUACCCCGAACAACACCCAGCAAAUCCUAGAGGCAAUGAACAACAUGGAGAGUCCCGACCAUAAUUAUCCAGAAAUGGAACUGGGCAAAAAGAAAUGCCCGGACUGUGGCACAGGAAUUAAGAGGGCUCCCUGCAAAAUACCUACAGUAAAAAAAAAAGAAGAGGAUGACCCUUGCCUCCCUAAAAAGAAAAAACCUACUUGCUACGACCGAGAAGAUCCUUGUGAUAUUCUUAAGAAGCACACCUCCGAGGUGCAGAAACCUUCUCAGGCUGCUAAAAACUCUGCUGAGAAUAUGCCUACUGCAAAGCCUGAAAGCAAAUCAAGUCCAGAAAUUAGCUUACAUAAACCUGGAGUGAACCAGGAGUCAUUGGUCACACAGACAUCUGCAUACAGGCCACCCAAAUAUCAAUUUGCCAAGCCAAACAUUGAUAUUAGUCUUUUUAAGAGGGAAGCUGAAAAAGCAGAUAAUGGCGCCCCACUUCAGGUGCUGCCCAAACCAGUGUUUCCACAAAGCCAUUCGUGGCACAACGUCAAUAAAACUUACUUUGCAGACGAGUUUUCCAACAAAAAUCAUUUCAAAUACAUCGAUAACACUAAAUUGCUGCAGAUUUUCAAGAAUCGAAGUGAGAAAUCUAAGAGUUUAAUAAACACCACUGCUUGCAAGGAAAAUAUCGGUAAUAAUCUCUUCUUCAUGGAUCCCAAGGAUAGUUUGAACCAAAAGAUCUGUGAAGCUAUUGAUACGGUGCCUAAGAUUGAGCUGGGAGAACAGUCCAAGCAGAACAUCGCCAAAGCAAUCAAGAAGAUCAUUGAGCCUAUAAUUGAAAAGGAGUUCUUAAAAUAUGAUGAGGUUAAGUCUGCAAUUGAACGAAUGGAACGGCGCCUAUCAGUAACAUUGAGCACCAUGAAGGCCCCAGUAGUGGUACGUCCUCUUAUUAAAGCCACAACUCCACAACGCCAGGGCAAAUUGCACCUGAAAUACCCCUGGAGAGAAAUGAAGAAGAUCGAAAUAAACGAGAAUUCUGAAAAGCCAGAAAUGAACGACCCCAGAGAGAAGAUCCUGGACCAAAAGGAGCCAGAAGCUAAUGCCUCUAUUGAGAUCCCGGAAAAAGUCAAGGAGAUUUACAAGGAGCCACAGCAACAGAUAGCAGAUUUAUUUGCUAAGAAGUCUUAUGGAGAAGAAUGUGAUUUAGCUGCAAAAUUAUGCAAUGCGAGUAAAAAGAUUAAUAUCUAUGACGCUAUUGUUAAGAAGGUUGGCAAAGCAGACGCUUUUAAAAAACCAUGCAAUAAAGGUGAUCCUUGUAAGAAGGAUGAUGAUUGCAAGCCGGAUCCUUGUGAGAGAUCAUGUGAUCCUUGUAAAAAAGAAGAUCCAUGCCAAAUAUCUUGUGAUCCCUGUAAGAAGUCAUGCAAUCCUUGUAAGAAAGAAGAUCCAUGCAAAAUAACUUGUGAUCCUUGUAAGAAAUCAUGUGAUCCCUGUAAAAAAGAAGAUCCAUGCAAAAUAACUUGUGAUCCUUGUAAGAAAUCAUGUGAUCCCUGUAAAAAAGAUCCAUGCAAAAUAUCUUGUGAUCCUUGCAAAGAAGAAAAGAGUGAAGGAGUGUGUAACAAAAAAGAAGAUCCUUGCAAGAAAAAGAAGCCUUGCAAGAAACGAGACAUAAAACCAUGUAGGGACGAUGAAGAUCCGUGUAAAAAAAAGUGUGAUCCAUGUAAGACAGAUGAUCCAUGUAAACUGUAUUGCGACCUCUCCAAAAAGGACCACUCAUCCAAAAAAGAUAAAUCUGGCAAACCAGAUGACACUUCCAACAGACGCUCUCCAUACACCAAAAGGAAACCGUGCAACCGAAAUUCGGUCCCCUGUAAAAAAUCCUGUGAUCCAUGUAAGGAAGAAAAAGAAUGCCCAGUGACUUGCACCAAACCAGAGACCCUAUGUAAAAUUGACCCUUGCAACAAUCCAUUCGAAGAAGCUGAAGAAUCUCAUUGUGCCAACUGGAAAGCGACCCCACCAAAGCAGCCCUGCAAGGCUCAAAACGAGCUCAGUGGUGGAGAAGUCUGUUGUGAAAAAGCCAAAGUAUGUUGCACUGUAAACCCUUGCAAGAAACCAAUAACGUGUGACUUAGCGGAUGAGAUCCCCAGGAAGGAACUGACGUGUGGUAAGAAAUGCCCUCCUCACACUCCAGAAAUUAGGCAUAAAAGUCCUGAUUGUGGACAGCAGGAGUGUCUACGGAAAAUGACUGACUGUGAUGCUGUGUGUCCCAAAGUUACUCCGAUUGAAUGCUUUCAAAAACCGUGUAAGAUCUGUAAUGAGGAGCCUGAAUGUCUACCACCGGUAAAUCAUGAUUGUCAACCGGAAAAGGAGGCGGAACAUGGUCUAGCGGGCAUGAAAGAAGUCGCUAAAUGUGACUAUUCAAAGAACGAAGCUUGCCCGUGUUGCAACCUGGAACCCCCGGAGACUUUUAUAAAUACUUUGCGAGGGGAGGAAGUCUGUCGGACGUCCAGGUUGCCUGGACCAUCAACCCCUCCAAUCGGUUUAUCAACAUCUCCGGUAUGUCCGGAGACAAAAGGGUGUAACCUCAAAACAAAGACACCAGCACCACCUUGCAAAGAAGCAGACGAAACCUGUUGUCCUAUCGUCUGUAAACGUGAGAUGCCUUGCUGUAUCAAUAAGGUGGUGUGCGAGAGAGACGACAGGUAUUGCGAUCAGACUUACAUGUUGAAACAGGAAGAGGAGCAAAAGAAGAUCCAUGAGAUGCAAGAGGCAGCCAGGAGGAAGAAAGAGAUGGCAUGUGGGAAGCCGGUACAAUUCAAACCAGAAACUGUGAAACAGUGGAAGCCUGUUACGAUCAAAUCGGAGAAUAUGGGAGACAAGAACGUGAUAAAGAAACCGAAGAAAUGCCAAGGGUAUCCAGAAAAUGCCGGGUUUAAGUGCAGUGCGAGCAGAUCCGACCCUUUACUGGAUAUGGACUCCUCCCUAUUACAAAAGGAUACCUUGGGAUCAACUUAUUCGGGAAAAAUUUCAGAUUUAUGCAUGAUGAUUGUCAGGAAACACAAGGAUGGGCAAAAGGCAGCUCCUAUUGUGGUUACCUUAAGUAGGAGCCAGCCUAUUUUAAGCAGAUGUGGGCAAUCUUCCGGCGUUGGGGAAAUCUGCGAUUCCAGUGGAAAUAGCGAUGGAGGAAACAAGAAACCUGAUAGAUUCAAUUAUUCUCCAUUUAGAAGAAUAAAGUUUAAAAAUCCCAUCGAAGAAGACAGGGGCGUUUUUGGUUGGUACUUGCGACUUAUUGGUAAGAACAAUGAACAUUUUAGGGAUGUAAAAGAUGAAGAAAAUGAUGCUAAAUCAGUUGCAUACAAUUCGGAAAAAGAGUAUUUCAUAAAAGAAUCCAAACUGGACAAUAUCAAUCUUUACUCGUGUGUCAACAUGCGUAGCAGCAUGGAAUGUAAAGGAGCUGCUAAAUCUAAAAAAGAUGAUCCAUGCAAGGAUUCAUGUGGAUCAUCUAAAAAGAAUCCAGAAAUGGAUAAACUAGGGGAGUGCAUUAAGAAACAACGUUCUAAGGAAAAUCUUCCCCCAUCAGGUUCUGAAAAGCAAAGCAGCUGUCAGAAAGAGGAUCCGUGUAAGAAGAAGAAUGAUCCUUGCAAGGAUUUGUGUGGAUCAUCUAAAAAGAGCCCAGAACGCUGUUGUCAAAAAGAUGAUCCUUGUAAGAAGAAGAAAGACCCUUGCAAGGACUCCUGUGGAUCAUCUAAGAAGAGCCCAGAAAUGAGCAAACUGGAGGAGUGCAUCAAGAAACAACGUUCUAAAGAAAAUCUUCCACCAUCAGGUUCUGGAAAGCAGAGCAGUUGCAAGAAAAGAGAGAAUCCAUGUAAGAAACAGGAUGAUAUAUGCAAGAGAAAAGUCUCAUGCAAUACUGAGGGGCAAAAAUGCGAUCCUUGCAAGAAAAAAGAAGAUCCAUGUAAAAAGAAAAACGAUCCUUGUAAGGACUCAUGUGGAUCAUCUAAAAAGAGUCCAGAAAUGGAUAAGCUGGAGGAGUGCAUUAAGAAGCAACGUUCUAAAGAAGACCUUCCAGCCUCAAGUUCUGGAAAGCAAAGCAGUUGUCAGAAAGAUGAUCCCUGUAAGAAGAAGAAUGAUCCUUGCAAGGACUCCUGUGGAUCAUCUAAAAAGAGUCCAGAAAUGGGUAAACUGGAGGAUUGCAUCAAGAAGCAACGCUCCAAAGAACACCUGCCUCCGUCAGGUUCUGGCAAACAAAGCAGUUGUAAGGGAAAAGGCGAUCCUUGUAAAACGAAGGCAGAUCCUUGUAAAAAAAUUGAAGAUCCCUGCAAGAAAAGAGAUUCGUGUGCAUCAUCGAAAGCUAAUCCAGAAAUGGCCUUGCAGGAGUGUCUUAAAAAAAGCAAAUCCGAAGGAGCAAUGGUGAAACAUCCGGCCAAAUCCGAUUCUUGCAAGUGCCCCCAAUCGGACCCCUGUGCUAAUAAAAAAAAGGAUAAUUGCCAAAUUGCGGAGAAAAUGUGCAAGAAGGGCAAGCAAAUUUGCAAGGACUUGAAAGCCAAAUCAUCGUGUAAAAAGGUGGAUGAUUCUUGCAAGAAGAAGGAGGAUCCGUGUAAGAAUAGGGAGGAUCCUUGUAAAAAGAAGGAAGAUCCUUGUAAGAAGAGAGAAGAUCCUUGCAAGAAUAAAGAAGACCCUUGCAAGAAGAGAGAAGAUCCUUGCAAGAAGAAAGAAGACCCUUGCAAGAAGAGAGAAGAUCCUUGCAAGAAGAGAGAGGAUCCUUGUAAGAAGAGAGAGGAUCCUUGCAAACGAAGUAAAUCAGAACCAUGCAUUCCUUGCAAACGUGAGGAUUAUAGCAACAGAUAUAAGAAGAAGGACGACCCUUGUAAGAAACAAGAGGAUCCAUGCAAAAAGAGAGAUCCUUGCAAGAAAAGAGAAGAUCCUUGCAAGAAGAGAGAGGAUCCUUGUAAGAAAAGAGAAGAUCCUUGCAAGAAGAGAGAAGAUCCUUGCAAGAAAAGGGAGGAUCCUUGUAAAAAGAGAGAAGAUCCUUGUAAGAAGAGAGAAGAUCCUUGUAAGAAGAGAGAGGAUCCUUGUAAGAAGAGAGAAGAUCCUUGUAAGAAGAGAGAGGAUCCUUGCAAGAAAAGAGAAGAUCCAUGUAAGAAACAAGAUGAUAUAUGCAAAAGAAAAGUUCCAUGCAAUACUGGGGAGCAAAAAAGCGAUCCUUGCAAGAAAAAGGAGGAUCCCUGUAAGAGACAAGGUCCGUGUAAGAAGAGGGAAGAUCCUUGUAAAAAGAAAGAUGCUCCCUGUAAGAAAGCUGCACCCUGUAAAAGUGAUUGUAAAUCAAGUCCUGAGAUGCUUAAGUUGCAAGAAUGCGUAAAGAAGGCGCGAUCCAAAAGCCCCACCCAGGAAGUUUCAGCAAAGAAAUCUGGAUCAAAGGUAUGUGGUAAAUUGGUUACCACCAAGAAAACAUCCAGCAAUUGUGAAAGAGGCGAUCCUUGCAAGAAGAAAGCGGAUCCUUGUAAGAACGCGGACCCUUGCAAAAAAGAAGAUCCUUGUAAAAUAAUGGCGGAUCCUUGUAAAAAAGCUAAAAAUCCUUGCAAAAAGAAAGAUGAUCCCUGUGGAUCUGAAAAGGACCCAGCUCAAAAAGAGCUGAAAGAUUGCCUUAAGAAGAGUCGUUCCAAAUACAGUAUGCCAGAUUCCUGUUGCAAACAGAAAGCCGAUCCUUGUGCCAAAUCGAAAAGUUGCGACGGUGCUAUGAAUAAGCCCAUUAGGUCUCAGUGCAAGAAGGAUUGUUCGAAGGCCAUGAAUAAGCCCAUGUCCUUUAAGGAUAAAUUGAUUAAAAAGUUCAAGGACAAGUAUCCUUGGAAUAUGGCGAAAAAAGCGAAAGGGUGUGGCAUAACUUGCACGACCGGAAAAGACAAAUGUGAGGCAUCCAAGAGCGAUUCCUAUCUCCAUUCUUCCCAAAAAACGUGCGAAAGGACCCAAUCAACCCUGUGCUCCAGUUUAGCUUCCAAAAAGAAAAACACGAAGACUCGCGAAAAACUGUUGGCAAAAUUCGAGAAGUUUCUUGCCGAAACUGAUAAAGACGAGUGCGGAAAGAAGGAGAACGUUUGUUGUGCGAGUGAGCGAGAGAAUCCGUGUAAAAAGAAAAAGAAAAGCUCUCCUUGUAAACGUCAGGAUCCGUGUAAGAGGAAGAUAGAAUGCGAAGCAGUCAAUCGGUGUAAUAAGAUGGAAGAUCCUUGUAAAAAUAAUGGCGAACGACGUUUGAAGCCAUCGAGAAUCCCGAUUCGAUGCUCUUCAUAUUACAUGUUCCCUCGCAACAUCCCUAGAACACUCAACUCACUUGGCAAAAUGACCCUUUACACGUCAGCAAAUUCAUUUAAAUCGAAAUCGUACUCAUACGUCGAUGGGAAACAGGCAAAUACGAAAACGGUGUCGUCUGCACAAGAUGAGGACUCCUCCUCCACUUGCGAAUUAUUUCCUAAGAAGUGCAAAGUGGAUUCCAGUUUGACCAUCGUAGAAUUUUGCAAGCAACGGUUACUGGAAGACAAGAUGAAGAAAAAAAGUGGUGAGGUGGUAAGUACCAAAGCAGAUGUAUGUAAGAUAAAAUGUCCUAAAGAAGAAGAGGAAUCUGUUAAGGUUGAAUGUGCACCACUUAAAGCAGAAGUGGUUUGUCCAACACCAACAGUUUGCUUAAACCAUCCCAACAAUGUUAAAAAAUCCCCUCAAGAAUACUUAGAGCUUCGAAAGGACUGUAACGGAACCAGUCAAUCUUGUCCAAGCAAAGAAGAGCAUGCUCCAUCAAAAUCACUAAGCCAGUCGUCUAAAGAAAGUUCGCGUAAUAAAUACAUUCCUCAUAAGUCACCGAAGGACUACCUAAAGCGUCGCGAAGACUGUAAAAUAGAAAUAUUAUCACCAUCAAAGUCUUGCCACACUAACCAAGAGUUCAAUAAGGCUAAAGCAGAAAAAACUCCAUGCAUAGAAGAACUGUUUUUAACUCCUUUAACUGAGGAGUCUUGCAAGGCCCUCAAAGAAUACUUAAACCUCCAAAAGGACUGCAAAGCAAGAAGCAAAAGUGUACCUGCUUCAGCCAAAUGUAAAGCAGCAGAAAAAUUUAUACCAUCAUCAUCUUCUGAUAUGGAAGGCAUCAAACAAUCCUCAGAAGCUUGCUUAAGUUUACACGAAGAAAUGAGAAUACAUCAUAUGCAAAAACCAAGAACAAAAGAGAACAUGUCAUCAUAUUCACAAAAAGAAGACUGUAAACCAAAAAAAAUUGAAAAAUACGAAAAAACUUGUGCUCCUAGCUAUGCGGCAAUGGAAGUUUGCCAAGAAACUGCAGCUCGUAAAAGAAUCAUGGAAAAGGCAUCCUUGUAUUGCAAAAGAAGACAGAGAUCAUGCGUAGAGAUGGCAAAAGAGAGAGAGGCCACGUGCGAAGCACCACCAAAACAGCGUCGUUCCAAAAGCCACGAUCCCGCCUAUUUAAAAGCCAUAGACAAUGAAGUUCUUGCGAGGAUGAUGAAGAAAGCUCUUCAGUAUUGCAAGAAAGAUACCUGCAGGGUUAGAAAACAACCUCCAUCCUGUAAAAAUUAUUCUUCAGAAGCUAAACACCGAUCGGUCAGCUGCAACCCUACCAAAAAAGAAGACUCAUGUAAGGAGCAUCGAUCAGUGAGUUGUAAGGAGGAUAACAACAAAAAGCUCCAGAAGAUUAUAGCAAAGGACCUAAAGAGGUGUAAAUCUGAACCAGUAGAGAACGCUGUCCGUCCAAAUCCACCGGCCAUUGAUGGGGCUGAUCGACGCAAGUACAUGGAAAAUCUGAAUAAAGAAAUAUCGGAAAGGAUGGCCAAGAGGGCAGAGCAAUAUUGCAAAGGUUGCGUUGAUCAAGCAAAGAUUGAAAAUACUAUUAAGUACAUGAAGGAAGCAAGAAACAAUUGUACGGAUCCUUGUGCAAAUACGGAACCAAAGUCCCCAUGUGGAUCUGUACUUAUUAAUUGGGUAAGCAAGUCUGAAAAAUUCAUUAACACCUCUGACCAAUCGGUUAAUCCUUCAGUAAAAUGUGAAUCUAGCCAAGGAACCUGUGGUGCUAAAGUUCAGAGGAGUAGGUCUUGUACUAAUAGUAAGAAAGAUAAUUGUGCUAAACCCACCGAAGAAUGUAGAGAAGCUUUAAGAAAAUGUGAAUCUGAUCAGAGUACUUCUUUAACAGCUAAUAAAAAAACGAGUUCUAUUGAUAAAUCCAAACGUGAAGAAAAACCUACAAACUGUACUAGUACAGUUUGCAAAAGUAAAUGUACUACAGAAGACAAAGACAGAGAUGCUUCUGUACAUUUAGAUUGCUUAAGGAAAUGCAAAUCUGGUUCACAGAUAUCAUCUGCAAAAAAAGAUCUUGAAACGAAAAGAACCAAAUCUGAAUGUAGUAGUACAAUUUGUAUCAAUAAGAAGGCUAAUUGUAUUGAUCUUCCACAAGAUACAUGCAAAAGUGCUUCUGUAAAGUCAUGUGAAGAAAAUUCUUCAAAAUGUAAAUGUGUUGCAAAAGACAAAGAUACUUCUGAAUCAAAUAGUAUGAUUUGCAAACAGGUUUGUAGCAAUGAGUGUGCCAACUCAGAUGACCCCUCGGAAAGAGAAUGUAAAGAAGCGCUACUGAAACUUCAUGAGUGCCUCAUAAAGAAGAAAAAGAAGAAAUCCAUUAAAGGAAGAAAGAAAAAAGAAAAAUCCCAAAUAUUUAAAUGUAAAGAUGAGAAGAACAUUAAUGCUGCUUCUAACAAGAUAUGUAUGAAAGGCGUUCAAUCAGUAAAUAAUAAUGAAAAGUGCCCAUGUGCUGAUAAAGAGGUAGGUACAGAAAAUAUCAAAGCAGAAGAUAAUACUCCUGUACAUUGUAAUACGUCAAAUAGUACAAUUUGCAAAGAGGUUUGCAACAAUAAGUGUACCAACGCAGAUAAACUGUCUGAGAGUGAGUGUAAAGAAGCCCUAUUGAAACUGCAUAAUUGCCUCAUGAAAAAUCAAAAGAAGAAGUCCACUAAAGGAAGAAAGAAAGAAGAAAAAUCUCAAAUAAUUAAAUGUGAAGACGAGAAGAAAACUAACAAUUGUAAAGAUGCUGCUAAGAGCUCAUAUGUGGAAAAUGCUAAAUUAACAAAUAAUAAUGAAAAAUGUCCAUGUGCUGAUGAAAAUGAAGAAGUAUGUCAAGAUGCUGCUAAGGAUAAGUGUGAAGAAGACGUUGAAGCAGUCAAUAAUAAUGAAAAAUGCCCAUGUAUCAAUAAAAAUGAAGAAGUAUGUCAAGAUGCUGUCAAGGAUUUGUGUAUGGAAAAUGUUGAAGCAGUAAAAAAUAAUGAAAAAUGUCCAUGUACUGAUAAAAAUGAAGAAGUAUGUCAAGAUGCUGCUAAUGAUUUGUGUAUUGAAAGCAUUAAAGCAGUACAAAAUAAUGAAAAAUGCACAUGUGCCAAUAACAAUGAAGAAGUUUGUCCGAAAAUUGAAGAGGUAAGCUGUAAUCGUGAAGAAGUAAGAAUUGGCCCAGAAGUUUGUAAAAAUUUCAAGGAGGCAACUAAAUGUUUAAAUGAGGAACCAAAAGAACGAAAUAUAUGUGAAGAAACAAGAGAUGAAUAUGCUUGUUGUAAACCUCUUGAUGAUUGUAAAAUGAAAAAUUGGGAAAGCAAGUCUUGCGAUACCAUUUUGCCAUGUGAGAGAGUUGAUAGGGUUGAAACGGGUUUUGAAGAAGAGCAAAGCAUACAAAAAGGGUUAAAACAUCUGACACCAUUAGGAAAUGAGGAGGAAGAUCUGGUUGAUAUGGGAAUAAUGAGGCAAUGUAUGCUUAUAUCCAAGAAGGCCAAUAGACCUUUAUUUCAACCUGUAACUCAGGAAGAAUUGGAUGAGGCAUACUGCAGGAGGAAAUCGAUGAUUUGUAAGGUUAACAAAUUGGGUCCAGGGGAGAAAAUGGUUUGUGGUUUAGGUGAGGAAGAUCUCUGUUCGAGUUCUUCUGAUCCAGCUGAGAGGAUUGUCAAGUGCUCUUUGGUUAAGGAUGAGAAAAAAGGAACAAGAUAUAUAUGCACUGAAAUACCUAAUGAACCAAGCAAGUGCCCCGAUGCCAGAGAAAUGGUAAAAGUAAUAUCAAAUAAGUUGGUAUGCACGAAAUAUCCUUUAGGUGAUGGCUGUUCCGUUGGGGUCAGUUGUGCGUUAGCCAAAGUAGAAGAACUCAAGAAGAAGAAGAAAAAGAAAAAGGCAAAAGUGAUGACAUAUACAGAUUUGAUGAAGAAGUGCAGAGAGUCCUCAAAAAAGCUGAAAUCUUGCAAUCCGAAAUGUGAAAGUAAAGCACGUCCAACUCAGUCUCCGGAGAACCAGGGGUGACUUUUUUCAAAAUUUUUGUCAAAUCGUGUCUUUGAGAGUGAGACAAAUAACUAGGGGUGUCAAUUACUAAAAAUGGCAAAACAAAUACUCAAAAAUGUUUUAAAUGUUGGUGUUUUUUUUUGUAAAGUUUUUGGUCAAUAAAUAACUGUUUUAAUAAUGUU